ACGGCACAGAUCACGUGUUAUUGUUUAGAGCAGGAAACUGUUUCGUCUUGAACGGCACACAGCAGCUGUUGGGACACCAUCUCACUCAUUGGUGUGUAUUUUCCGUUACUCUGUUCAGCAUGACUGUGGGAAGGGAUGCCUCUCCAGUAGAAAGGGAAUUUGAUUAUCAGUAUGCGUAGAAGUGGAAUAAACAAAUCCGACACCCAUCCAGCUGCUGCUAGCUCGCUAGGUAGCUAGCUACCGCAGCUCACCAGCCUGUGGGGAACGAGCUAACCGUGUGGCUAGCCAGUCGCUGUCUGGCUAGCUACAGCCAACCUCCAAGACGUGGAAGUUGAUAAUUACCUGUAACUGGCUGAUAAGCCAGCUAGUUACCUGUUUUGUGUAACGUAAAGGGACAAAAUGGAGCUGUUCCAAGCUAAAGACGAUUACAUUCUCCAGAGCGGGGACCGUGCUCUGUGGUGCAGCCGAAAAGACGGGACCAUGACCGUCAGACCUGCAACGGACCUGUUGUUAGCUUGGAAUCCAGUGUGUUUGGGUUUGGUAGAAGGUGUCAUUGGAAAGAUACAACUUCACACAGAUCUUCCUCUCGGCCUCGUAUUAAUCCGUCAGAAAGCACUGGUGGGCCAUUUACCAGGCAACCACAAAGUCUACAAGAUCACCAAGAUAGCUGUCAUUCCUCUGUCUGAUGAAGAGCCUCAGGAGCUUGAAUUGGAGCUUUGCAAGAAGCAUCACUUUGGAAUCGACAAACCAGAGAAACUGGCCCAGUCUCCCGAUGACGCAAAGUUCUUGAUGAAAACUUUUAGCCAGAUCAAAUCUAAUGUGGCUGUGCCCAUCAAGAAAAAGUAUUCCCCUGCCUUCCAGGUCAAGGAAAACAAAGAGAAGGAACGUCUGGAGAGACGGCUCCUGGAUGAACUGUACAAGAUAUUCAUGGACUCAGACUCCUUCUACUACAGCAUGACCUAUGACCUGACAAACACUGUGCAGCGUCAGGGGGACUCGGAUAAGUCCAGCUUACCCCUAUGGAAACAGGUGGAUGACCGUUUCUUCUGGAAUAAACACAUGAUCCAAGGCCUUAUUGACCUUCAGGUCCCAGACGUGGACUUCUGGGUGGUACCAAUCAUCCAGGGCUUUGUACAGGUGGAGGAACUGGUGGUGAACUACAACGAUACAUCCGACGAGGAGAGGAGCAGCCCUGAGACCCCACCACAGGAGGUCACCUGUGUUGAUGACAUCCAUCCCCGCUUCACUGUGGCCCUGAUCUCCAGACGCAGCCGCCACCGCGCAGGGAUGCGGUACAAACGCAGGGGAGUGGAUACUGAUGGCCAUGUGGCUAACUAUGUGGAGACAGAGCAGUUGAUCCACGUGCACAGCCACACUCUGUCCUUUGUGCAGACUCGUGGCUCUGUGCCGGUCUUCUGGAGCCAGGCGGGGUACCGCUACAACCCCCGGCCACGCUUAGAGAAAGGAGAGAAGGAGACCAUGUCUUACUUUUCUGAUCACUUUGAAGAACAGCUUAAACUCUACAAGAAGCAGGUCAUUAUUAACUUAGUGGAUCAAAGUGGACGGGAGAAGCUAAUUGGUGACGCAUAUCUGAAGCAAGUCCUGCUUUACAACAAUCCAAAUCUCACAUAUGUUUCAUUUGACUUCCAUGAGCACUGCCGAGGUAUGAAGUUUGAGAAUGUGCAGAUACUGACAGAUGCAAUCUCUGAUAUCAUCACUGACAUGAAGUGGGCCUGGGUGGAUCAGGCCGGAGUCAUCUGCAAGCAGGAGGGUAUCUUCAGAGUUAACUGUAUGGACUGUCUUGACAGGACCAACGUGGUCCAAGCUGCUAUCGCUCGGGUGGUGAUGGAACAACAGCUGAAGAAACUGGGUGUGAUGCCUCCAGAGCAGCCUCUACCUCUCAAAUGCUACAGGAUUUAUCAGAUCAUGUGGGCCAAUAAUGGAGACACCAUCAGCAGACAGUACGCAGGCACAGCAGCGCUCAAGGGAGAUUUCACCAGGACGGGGGAGAGGAGACUGGCUGGUGUGAUGAAGGAUGGCGUGAACUCAGCCAACCGCUACUAUCUGAACCGCUUUAGGGAUGCUUACAGACAAGCAGUCAUUGACCUAAUGAUGGGCCUGCCAGUGACGGAGGACCUGUACUCCAUCUUCAGUAAGGAGAAGGAGCAUGAAGAGAAAGAGAAGGAGAGCCAGAGGGGAGCGCAGGAGCAGGUCAGCCUCCUGCUGCAGACCUACAUGCAGCUUUUGCUGCCUGAUGAUGAGAAGUUUCAUGGAGGUUGGGCCCUCAUCAAUUGUGACAUGAGCCUCAUUGAUGCAAACAAUAAAGACGUGGAUGUGCUGCUGCUUCUGUCUAACAAUGCCUAUUACAUUGCUUACUAUGAUGAAGAAGCAGAUAAAGUGAACCAAUACCAGCGCCUCAAUUUAGAGGGUUUGGAAAAGAUCGAAAUUGGUCCAGAGCCUACUCUGUUUGGGAAGCCAAAGUUCUGCUGCAUGCGUUUGCAUUACAGGAAUGAAGAGACGAGUGGAUACUUUCACACGCUGAGAGCAGCAACACGAAAUCCUGAGGAUGAUGGAAAAGACACAUUACAGUGCAUAGCUGAGAUGCUUCGCAUAACUAAACAGGCCACGGGGCUGGACCUGCUUGUGGUUGAAAAGAAGCUGGAGCGGCGGCAGAGUAAACCUCAUGAGGAUAUAAUGGGCAUCCAGAACAAACCUGCUGACCAGGUCCAGGGUAGCUCUGGUCUGGCACAGGGCAAAAGUUUCCUCCUCAACAAAUUCUCCUCUCUCAAUCAGAAAGUGAAACAGACCAAGACAAACGUAAACAUUGGCCCCUUCAAGCCCCUCGGGAGGCUGAGCAACUUCUCUAAGCCUGAUGUAAAAGUUAAUUUCCUAAAGCCAACUAUGCAUGGCAACCUGUGGAAGUCAGACAGCAGCUUGGAGACAUCAGAUAACCCUGGUACAGGAGCCCUAAAAGAUAUCGGUGACGAGCACUCAGAAAUCUCAGACUCUGACUCAUAUAAUUCUGACCCAGAGCACCCGUGUUCUGGUUCUUUAGAAAACGUAGACUAUGUGCUGCCCAGCUGCGGCAUAGUAGCAUCAAACCCACGAUUGGGCAGCCGCUCCCAAUCUAUCGGUAGCGUGGAGCUAAAUAUCCCCUCUGUUAUCCGUGUCACUGGCUGUGAUGUGAAGCAGGAAAGCUCCUCUCAAGUCAGUGAUGACAAGUCCCCAGGGGCCGCCUCAGUGGCUGAAGAAGCCAUUCUGAUUGACUUUGGUACUCCCAUUGAUGCCUACUGCCAUCAGUUUGUCCAGGAUGCACAGACCAAACCUGUUGAGGUGUUUGGAGAGCAGCCACCAGCUGCUGUCCCCCAAUUCAACCCUGUGGUGCAGAAUAAGACCCCAGCAGACUCAGACAAGCAGCCAAGCUCCGAGCCACAGCAUCAGCAGGAGGAGCCCCAGCUCCCCAGGCCAUCCCAGCUAGACGUCGAGUCCACUACCUCCGGUUCCAACCUCCUCACAGUCCAGAAGCCGAGCUCUGCAGCCUCAGGAGGCUCUCAGAGGAGUCUGAGUUCACUGAUGGAGGGGAGCCUUGGCCCUUCACCUGCUGACAGCAACGGCAGCCGAGUGGUGUCCCCCUUUGCCAAGAUCAAGAGCUCCAUGGUCCAGGUGGCCAGCCUCACCCAGGCAGGACUCACCCAGGGCAUCAACUUUGCUGUGGCAAAGGUGCAGAAGAGCCCAGAGCCAGAUACUGUCAACGAAGCCCAAGAGAGCGAGCUGAAGGCAAUGUUUACACAGUGCCAGACCAGGAUCAUUCAGAUCUAGUGCUUUCCUUGUAGCAGGAUUUUGUAGUCGUACAUCGUGUAGAAACUUCCUGUAUGGUAGCAGUAGCAAAAGCUUGCACAUAGCGUCACUACUCAGCCAAGAAAUGCACUCUUAAAUUCGCCCUUUAGUUAAACUUGCCCAUGUUAAUUAUGACUCAUGUACAGAACUUAUAAAUAUAUACUUAAGCCCAACAUGAUAGUGACCAUGUUUACAUGCACAUAAUUAUAGAUUCCCUUAGUACUAAAGAGAGCACUGAUUGUCUGGUCCAAUUUUUUUGCUAUAAGGGACGUUUAGCUCAUGUACCUUUUGUCAUGCAACCUUGCACACUGAUUGAUAACAAUGUCAGGUGUCCUCUCUUUUAUGGUUUAAUAAUCAAUUGUCCCCAAUAUAUUCCGUCCAUGACAUUUCUAAUGUAAAUAUCUCAGAAUACCAGAGCUUAGUACGGAGGUUGAGUAUAAAAAUGGCACAUAGUAAAUGUUUAAGUAUUCGGGGAAACUGGUAUAAUUCCCAUGUGACAGUGAAAAUUGUAUACAGUAGAACAUUUAAUUGAAACGAGUGUAUGUACAUACAAAUCCUAAAUCACUCCAGGAAUACUGCUACUGUUGAAGUAAAUUGUUCUAUAAGUAAAGUUUUCUUAAAAAAUUUAAAGGAUGUUCUCAAGAGAUAAAUAACUAAGACCUAAGAAUAUAUUUAGGUUUUUAAGAUGUUUUAAACUCCUGUACUUCCAGGGUGGUAUGCAGAGUAUUUUUGUGCAUGUAAACAUGUCACUAUCCUUAGUCUGAAAAGUUAUUUUACCCACAAUGCUUGCAUGUGAGGUUAAUGGUAACUGAUUUUGACAAGGCAGGUGAACAUUAGCUGCAUGCCGAAAUACCAACUCUGACUUUAUCAUGCACUGUAAUGUCAUCCUGUACGUGCAGGUCAUUUAUUGGUAUUUGUGAUAUAGGCCUCGUAAUAACCUUCAAUUUGUAACAGCUGUUGUAGAAUCUGACCAAAUAUCUUUUGUGAUUCCCAAAGGACAAUUCUGUGUUAACUAUUACCCUUUGUAUAGCUGUCAGAAACUAGCCAGAUGACAUACCGUGCGUAGUUAUCCUAUGUAAUAUCAAUGUUGUAAAGUGUAACUUUAGAAGAUAUACCGUUAUAGAAAUAAUGACUACACAAGAGCUUAGUAAGAGUAUCCUGGUUGUUGAUAUGUACAGUGAGUAUUGUAUGUCUAUCUGUUCCCUAAGUAGAGCCUUCCCUUAAGCUUUUUUGUAUUGAUGGUAGGGUGGCAGCUUAAUAUGUUCAAAGAGGUAUGAGCAUUAUAUUUUGAAAAGAACGCCCAGUACUGUCAUUGCUAACCAUGAAUAACCAGAAAACUACUGGUUGCAGUUGUUUUUGAUAGAUAUAUGUACUGAAAUAACUAUUCUGCUAAUGGUUGUACUAAUUAACUAUGAGGGUUUGUUUGGACUGAGUCCUCGGCCAGCGUUGUACAUUGACGUUGCAUGUUUGACAAAGAGAGGAGAGUAGCAUAUAGUAGGUAUAUAUGCAAUUGCACCCACCCAGUUAUUAGAAACACUGACGCUUUAUGCACUCCCCAAACUGAAAGCAUAUUUGCCUUAACAGGAAAUUGAAGUGGGAUUAUGUAUAUCAGGUAUUUAUGGCAAAAUCUACCUUUUUAAGCCCAUUCUAACAUGUUACAUUUGGUGUACUGUAUAAAUGAUCAUGUUCAGGGUUACUGUAUGUCAUCAAGCUUUAUCUUGGAAUAUUUCAUCUACUGGCACAUACAUUCUCCAUGGAAAUGAGCAGGUUUUAGAGAUGUAAACAGUGUGUUGGCUGUGUGUAUGUACUGUACAGUAUGUGUGAGUUUGUGUGUUAGAGCAUCCCUGAUGCUGCUGGUAUUUAAGCGUGCUCACCUUGGAGCCCUAGUUAUAUUUAUGUGUAAACAUUGUUAUAUUGUACAUUUAUUUCGUUGGCCUCAAGGAGUGAGGUUUUGCCUCAUUAGUCACUCAUUAAACUUUACAGUUGUCAUUCAGUGAAAAUCUCCCACAUGACCUUGUUACAGUCCUCCAGAAGAACUAAUGAACCAAGGCCACCAUCUCCCUCUGCUGUUUAUAUUAUUGUCUAUUUAUGAUAAAUAAUAAUCAUCUGGUUUGCCUCAAGCUGAAAUAUCCCAAGAUAAACUGUCACACAUUUCAUAUUUUGUAUUACAUUUGCCUGUUUUCUGCAUUCAGCUUGCUCACCAGCAGAUAAGAUGUGGGACACUUGUAUAUUUUAUCUGACAAUAAUUGUGUUAUGUGAGACUGUAGCCUUGGCUGCUUGUGGGUGCUACAUUAUAGUUACUGAACCUGCUGAUAGUGUGUGUUGCUGCCAAAGCUUGAAGGUAAUAGCUCUAAUGCAAAGGUUUAAUGCAGAGGGGAAAAUGUUUUUUUUUAAACUUUCUUCAGGAUUGCAAACACUGGAGCAGUUCUCAAGCAGAGCAGAAACUUAUUGUUUCCUAAACUGCUGUGUUAAGCUAAAAGGAACAGUAAUCCUCAACAUUCCCGAUAGAGACCACAAUGCUAGAGUGUGGUGUCUGAUUUUUUUUUAAUACAAAAGCUGGCAAUUAUAUUUGAUCCAAUAUUUGCUGGGUGAGAUUUUUCUCCUUUCCUUUUGUUUUGCACCAAGUGCUUUUGCAACCACCUCUUCAUUUGUUGUCUGUGGUUGUCCUGCCCUCCCAUUAGGACCCCAAACCAUGACAAAUUAUCAUGUGACUAGAGGUCUUAAAGCAUUUGAUUUGCACUGUUUUAAGCACAUUUUCUAGCAUUAGCACCAUUCCAUCUGAAUGUCUGUGGUCAUAUCUUUCCUCUUUACCAACUGACCGUUGUCAUUGUUUUCCACAGUGUACUGAGAUUGUAUUGUAUAUUAAAGUAUCCUAUUUAUUCUUA